GAUACUGAUAAUCAAUUGCGGAGAGAGAAAGAGCAAAGAGAAGAUGUCAGGGAAAGGAAUAUUGAGUGUACUUAUACUGCUUGCGUUGCAGUCGCUGGUCGGAGGUGAUUACAUCCCACCGAAGAAAUACGACGGAUUCGUUUACAAGAAUCGUCAUCACUUGAGUUACGAUACUAUUCAGAUCGAAGCUUUCUAUGAUCCUUUAUGCCCUGACAGCGCUGAUUCAUGGCCACCUCUCAAAAAAGCUCUUCAUCACUACUCCUCUCGUGUUUCCUUCGUUGUUCAUCUUCUUCCUCUACCUUACCAUGACAAUGCUUUCGUUGCCUCUCGUGCUUUGCAUAUCGUGAAUUCUUUGAAUAGAACUGCUACAUUCCCAUUGCUGGAGGCAUUCUUCAAGUAUCAGGCAGCAUUCUUUGGUGCUCCAACACGGAACUUGUCUAGAGCUUUUAUUGUAGACGAAAUAGUGAAGUUUACCUCAGCUAUAGUUGGGAACUCUUAUCAUACCUCUAUCAAGAAUGGCUUCAACGACACUAACUCCGAUCACCUGACGAGGAUUUCUUUUAAGUAUGCUGCUUCAAGAGGAGUGUCUGGGACGCCUUUUUUCUAUGUCAAUGGAUUCGUGUUGCCCGAUGCAGGAAAUGCUCUUAACUACAGCGAUUGGAGGAGCAUUAUUGACCCAUUGAUUGGUGCGAAGAAAAGUACAAAAAAUGAAGAAUCCCUUCACUACUUGUUGUAAAAAUUGUAGGUUUAUGAAGUACAGUUGUUGUAUUAGCACUUCAUCAGUGAAAAAAUCUAAACACAGUAUCUGCUGAUCAAUAGGUGUUUGUACCAAGACUGCAAUAAUGGAAUCGAAGUUUUAAUUAAUUAAGUACA